AUAUUCAUGAGUCAUGGCAUAUGUGGAAUAUAGUUUAAAUGAUCAAUUUUAUGCAUAUUCUAAUAAAGAAAAAAUUGUUAUUGAUUGUGCUUAUUGUCAGGCAAAUGAUGCUCAACUUAGUACAAUGGUUGUUGAGCAGGUUGAGCAAGCAGCUGGGCUUGAAUCAUUAGUUUUAUCUGUGAAGACAAUAAAUCAGCUUCGUGAAAGUUUUGUUUCUAUUGAUAAGUAUGUGUUCAAUUAAACAUGUCUGAGGGUCUAUGUUUAGCACCAUUCAAUUGUUAUUUAUUUUUGACUUAAUUAAUUUAUUUGUAUCAGUUUGUGUCAAGAAUGUCAGAAUUUAAUAGACAAUCAUGACCAGAUAAAGCUCCUUAGCAAUGCAAGGAAUAACUUAAAUACAACUCUUAAGGUAGGUGAGCUUGACCUUGCCGAAGUUUUAAGUAAAUGCAUAACACAUCUAAUUUUAUGCGCAUGUGCUUGUAAGCAUGUUAUCUUUUCUUGUUUGAGCUGUAUGUGAAUUAAAUUUAAUUGCUAAGAUGAGGUCGCAUUUUUCUUUUUCAUGCUCAUUUUUUUUUUGUCCACAGUUCUCUUUAAAGUGCUGCAGUACUGGUCACUACAAUGAUGCCUGCACAAGAAACUUAUGAACAUGACAUCAAGGGUUUCCCCACACUUAAGAUUUUUAGGAAUGGUGGUAAGAAUGUUCAGGAAUACAAGGGACCACGUGAAGGUUGGUAUUGUUGAAUAUUUGAAGAAACAGAGUGGCCCCGCUUCUGCUGAAAUUAAGACUGUUGAAGAUGCCAGUGGUAUCAUUGAAGACAAGAAGAUAGUCAUUGUUGGAGUGUUCCCCAAAUUUUCCGGUGAGGAGUUUGAGAAUUUCAUGGCUGUUGUCGACAAAUUGCGUGCAGACUAUGACUUUGCUCAUACUACAGACGCCAAGCUUGUCCCACGUGGUGAAUCAUCAGUCACUGGGGCUUUGGUUAGACUUUUGAAGCCAUUUGACGAACUUUUUGUUGAUUCUAAGGUACUAUUGGUGGACUUCAAGUCGGGCUCAUUUCAUAAUCCAGUUCUUCUCGAGAUUGAUGUCAUUUCAUAUGUACUACUUUGUCACUAAACUAAUCUAUUACACAACUCUCAUUUUAGUACAUAAACUUUAUAUUACGUGUUAAAUCAUUUUGGCCUGUAAUUUUAACUACUUAGGCGGCCUACCUAGCCCCUAAGAAUAAAGACCACUACUUUUGAUUCUAAGUUGACCAAGUCCUAAUUUCUAUAAGUAGCAAGUUCAACAACAUUUGUUAUGGCAUUUUCAUUAUUCUUGUGAAGUUUUUUUCU